UGAAUCAGCGGAGAGGAAAGGAGGAAAGGUAUCCUGGUUGAGCACACCAGAUGAUGGAAUUUCUCCCAGAGACCGCAGCUGCUCGACCAGGUCUGUCUCCCUCCGAAAUUAGAUAAGAGAGAAGAGCCAGGAGAUUACAGCGGGGAAGAUGUUCUGCGCGAAGCUGAAAGAACUGAAGAUAUCCGGAGAGUGUCCAUUCUCCAGCAGCGCCAAAAAUAAUGAGCUCGGAGACUUUGAGGAGCGCUCAACUGACGCCGCGGAUUUAUUGCCUGUUUCUAAGGACGUGCAUGGAAAAAUAGGUGAGGAUCUACCUCGACAGAAGACCAGCAGAGCCAAAGUUAACCUGCAUACACUUGGAGAGAGCAUCCGCAAAUUGGCAUGUCCCGAGUUUCAAAGACUGCAUGCUGCCCUCCAUCGAAUGAUGAGACUAUCAGAUCACACCGGGGACUCUGAAAGUCCAACAAUUUGCUGCACAGGCAAUCAGAGUUGCAGUGAUGAAGCAGAGCAUUUAGUGGCGAUGAUAAACAUUUACUCAACCAAAACAGCAAUCCCGAUGGAAGCUUUGAAAGUUUCUCUUGGCGAGGAGCUCUUCAACAUGUGUUAUGAGGAGGACGGACACAUUUUGAGGGUGGUGGGGGGAGCUCUCCAUGACUUCCUCAACAGCUUCAAUGUCUUGUUGAAACAGAGCAGCACGCCGCCCAACCCGGACAGAGAGGAUUGUGUAAACGAACCCUCGGUGCUGUGCUUAGACAAGGAUCCGGGUCUGCUUACUGUCUAUUUCUUCAACCCCCGCCCGACCACUCAGCUCUUUUUCCCUGGAGUCAUCAAAGCUGCUGCCCGCCUGCUGUAUCACACCACUGUGGAUGUGUUGAUGGACCCCCCCAGUGCUAAAGACAGCAUCUUGCAGUCCAGCCCGCAGCCCAGUCUUCUGUACACAGUUGUUGUUAAGGAUGCUAAAAAUCUGAGCCCCAGUCCACUGCGGGCUACCUCAGCUGGGACUCUUCCUACCUCCCUGUUCUCCACCAUUUUCCCUUUCCAUCUGAUCCUGGACCAGGACUUGGUUCUGGUACAAAUAGGACAUGGGCUCAGGAAGAGACUGACCAGAAAGGAUGGACUGAGGCGGUCUACAACUUUCCAAGAACACUUCUCUAUUGUCUCUCCCCAGAUCAAAUGUACCUUUCAAGGUAUUCUGACCAUGCUAAACACACAAUUUAUUAUUCGGAUCAAACAUGGAGUCUCCACCACAGAUAACACGGGGAAGCUCAUGGACCUUAAAGGUCAGAUGAUCUACGUUUCAGAGUCCAAUGCCAUCUUGUUCCUGGGCUCACCGUGUGUGGACAAGCUGGAGGAGCUAACUGGUCGUGGCCUCUAUCUGUCAGACAUCCCUAUCCAUAACGCACUGCGUGAUGUAGUUCUGGUUGGCGAACAGGCCAAAGCUCAGGACGGUUUAAAGAAGCGUCUGGGGAAGGCCAAGGCAGCUUUGGAACAGGCCCACCAAGCACUGGAGGAGGAAAAGAAGAAGACAGUAGACCUCCUGUUCUCCAUCUUCCCCGGCACUGUGGCACAGCAGCUGUGGCAGGGACAGACAGUCCAAGCCAAGAAGUUUGACAGGGUUACAAUGCUCUUCUCUGACAUCGUGGGCUUCACGGCUGUAUGCUCCCUCUGUACCCCAAUGCAAGUCAUCACCAUGCUCAAUGAGUUGUACACCAGGUUUGACCACCAGUGUGGAGAACUUGAUGUUUACAAGGUGGAGACCAUUGGUGAUGCGUACUGCGUAGCUGGUGGCUUACACAAGGAGAGUGAGACUCACGCUGUCCAGAUUGCACUCAUGGCCUUAAAGAUGAUGGAGCUUUCAGACGAAGUCAUGACGCCAACUGGAGACCCAAUACAGAUGCGCAUUGGCCUCCACACUGGUUCAGUUCUGGCUGGUGUAGUUGGGGUGAAGAUGCCACGCUACUGCCUUUUUGGGAACAAUGUCACACUGGCAAACAAGUUUGAGUCCUGCAGCCAACCUAGAAAAAUCAAUAUCAGCCCUACAACCCACAGAUUGCUGAAGGAUCGGCCAGAGUUUGUCUUUGUUCCCAGGAGCAGACAGGAGCUUCCGGCCAACUUCCCAGAAGACAUCCCUGGUGUUUGUUACUUUUUGGAGGCGUCCUUCAAAACUGACUCUCAAAUGAAGUCAAGCUGCUGCACAACCCAGAAUUGCUAGAUAUAAAGAAAUAUAAGCGUAUGUAGUGAAUAAUACAGUGCAAACACCAUGUAUAUUUUGUUUUGGGUUGUUUAGACAUUGAUGAUAUUGUCCAUCAGUCAGACUCUUGCAGCUGCUUAAUUACAGAGAUGUCAGUUUGCUGUCAAACAUGUGUCUUGUCUCUAUAUAAUUAUCUGUUUGUACAAUUGUAGUGGAAAGAAACACUCACUUCCUUAAUUUUUCUUCCAGAAUGAGUCAUCUCUCCAAAUUGUUUUCCAAGCUCACACUGCAGACUGUCAAUGACAGAUUUUGAGACAGAUUUUAUGUCAUUUAAGACGUAUAAAAUAUAUGAAACUUACAGAAAAUGAGGCCAAAAAUGGCAUACAGUAUUUAAAACAUGUAGCUGUCUUUGAAUGGCACAUCUAUAUCAUUUAAAUAUAUCAUCUUUCAUAAUGUAGAUACGACUCAGAAAUACAUUCUGGAUGUUGAUUCUCAAUGUGAUGUUGUUAAACAGAGUGGUUCCUCUUGUCAAGGAUGUUUUCUGUAAAUUUCUGACUGUUCCAUUCACAUCUGUCCAGCUUUGGUACCCGCUAAAGCACCUUGGCCUUGGGAUGGCAGAAAAAAGCAAGAUUAAAACUGACCUGACUUUAUAUGUUUCAGUGAACAGAAUUGUAUGACAAAUAGCACAGAAAAGCUGAAGCAAAUAUUAACAUUAUUUAAAGAUUUAUGAUCAAAUGAAGUGAUGCACAGUAGCUUCAGGUGCCUUAUGGGAAUUAUACAGGCAGGAUUGCAGAUGUUAGAGUGUAAAACAGGUUAUUUUUGGUUACUUUCACCAGCUUUUUCUUUCUUUAGAUAUGGUUCAAUAUGAACUUAAAUGUCAAUAAGUUUCUUCCAGACGUUUGUGGUUCUGACUCAGUAUAUAUUUGUAAUAAUAUGUAACUUAAACUUCCAUUUAUUAGACAUGAAGCAUUCCAAGAUUCAAUUUUCCAAAUAUAAGUAACUUUUUCACUGUACACGUUUAUACUAUAUUUAUUACAUGAGUUUCAUAGCACUCCUUUCCCAUACAGAGGGAAUAUGACACAACAAGAAUACAAUGAAUGUUCUGUUAUCACUCAUAAUGAUGUGCUUUAACCAUUAUUGUAAUGUAAUCAAACCGCAAUAAAUAUUGACA